GCUGCGACGCUGCGCGGGGCACUGGUACUGGACUGGGAUCAGUUCGCCUCGCGCUUCAAUGACAGACACAGCCUCCGUGUCGUCCCUCUGCGCCUUCGUCUUGCCUCGUGGAUAAUCAGCGUCUUGAGCCCGCGUGGCCAUCGCCAGCCCGUGUUGAAAUUUCAAGUGUGUGAAAACUUCUGUGAACAUUAACAAAUGAAACAAGUCUUGCCCACGUCGAAAUGCGUCGCGUCCUCGCGGCGUCCCUCCAGUUUUCUGCAGUUGAAGUCGGCGACGUGCGAAAGCGUCUAUCGCACUCUUGAUCGUCUCGUAUCUUAUCUGGCCAAAUCUGCGGCCGUUUUCCUGUCCCGGUGAAGGUGAGGCACGGCCGGCGCAGGCUUGAUGUGCGCAGUCAGUGGCCCAGUGCUUCGCCGCAGGAUGGCUGGACGGUAUCCGGUCAGCCCGGGCGUCGCUCUGAUCAUCAGCGUCAGGGACUUCAAGGGCAAAGACGAGCCGCGCCUGGGCGCAAGAAACGAUUUCAUGUUCCUCAAGAGCACGUUCACAGUUACGGGCUGCAGAACAUUCCCAGCCACAGAGAAGCUGAACUGGAGCCAAUCGGAUUUCGUAAAUGCUCUGAAGGAAGCUGUGACACCCUUUGAAGAAGAAGAGGCUUUUAAGCGCGGACCUUUCUUUCUGUGCUUCUCGACGCAUGGCGAUGAAAAAGGUAUAACACUUUCCGACGGCGAAUAUUUACCCCUCAACGUGCUUCGGGCUAUACUAGCGGAACAAGAAACGCUUCGAAGUAGACCGAAGGUGAUAGUGAUUCAGGCAUGCCGAGGGGCGAUGUGUAUGACCAAGGAUGGACCUAAACUCUCGAGUUUUAAAGUCACAGCUGACUCUGCCGCAGACCCAUGGGGGAAUACAAUGGGUAUCGCAUCGUGUGUACAGACACGUGUGUCCUACAGCAGUGAUCUUGGUUCCAUAUUUAUUUUGCACUUCUGCAACGAGAUACUCCGCGGUCUCCUUGACAACGACGGUUGCACGAUCCAAGAUGUGAAGGAGGGCGUGGUACGUGCCUUGACGGGAAUUCGCAAAUUCAACAGCCAAGAAAUCGUCUACACCACGCCGGAAUUGUUUUGCGACAACCUCCAAGGAGCCCUUGUACUGAAGCCCACAAAUCGCGACGCGGUGCAGAAAUGGCGGGCGAUUGUAACCCACUUCCUUUCGAAGAUGCCAUGGGAAAUUGAAAGAAAUGAAGAGGACAUAAAAAUAUCAGGGCUUGCGAUGGCAAUGAGCGGAGAACGAAGACGGUGCUGGGCAUUUCAGCCUUCUCCAUGGCACAUUCACAUUGAAGCAGCAACAAUAGCUUUUCUAUCCGCGUACGCGUUUCUCUUUGAUGCAGCUUUCCCCUUGGACGAACCCACCCACGAGGUGACCACAGCGGAGAUGGUGGACGCUGGGAAGUUCGAAGAGCAAUCUUCCAUGGUAUCGGUACUUGAAGAGCCCUCACCUUGCGUGGCUGCAGGAGCUGAUUCCGCCUUGGACGUCAACGGCUUCGUGGACCAGCUUCUCAGCGCGGCCCGCGCGGAGAUCUCCAACCGUGGCAUGGAGCAGGUGUCCUUGCCCGACAUCUCAGAGAAGUUGAAGCAGAAGGUCAUUUCCAUUAAGAUCCCGGGCAGGUUCCUGGCCUUCAACGGGUGGGCCAAGUCGCUGGCCUCCCUCCACCGCAUUGGCGACGCGGUCAUGUCCACGAAUGGCGACAAGUUGAGCUUGGAUAUCCCCCUGAGCCUCACUGACCUGCAAAUACGGUGAGUCACGUGCGCUGCCAGUGCGGGGAAGGAUAAAAACUGCAGGAGCGGGAAAGAAUCGAACAGACCCGACUCUGACUUUUCUCAUUUCAAUAUUACGGAAUACAUUUUACUCGUAGUUGGCUGGCACACUAUGAUUGCGUGAGGGGCCGUUCAAAUAUGACGUCACACUUUUUAGGCUCAUUUUUCGACUCCUCCCUCCCCCCUAUAGUCAUAAAUGGUCACUAUUUAGACUCAACCCACCCCUCCCCGUGACGUCACAUUGACCAAGUUACUAUUUUUGGCAACUGGGAUAGAUACGCGACUAGAUAAUCUUAAUUAGGUGCCUAAAUUGGGAUUUCAUAACAAUUUGAUUCCAUUUUGACGAAUCCGGUCUUACGCUAACUUGUCCGAAAGAAUCUGAGGAAAGUGCAGCUUAAAUACUUAAGCAAGUGAUAAUUUUUAAAGCUGAAGUAGGCGGGGAUUGCUGACAAGGGGUCCCCAACCGGCGAAAAUCGGUGUACACGGGUGAAAAAGUCAUUAAAAAAGUCACUAAAAGUCAAAAAAGUCAGAAAGUCACAAAAGUCAAAAAGUAACAGAAAAACCACUACAAAGUAUCCAAAAAGUCACGAAACAGCCUUUAAAAAUGCCAAAUUUCAAUGAACGCUGGUGGAAAAGUAACUUUUUAAGUCAAAAAAGUCAUUUAAAGGUCAAAAAGUCAUUUAAAAGUCAAAAAGUCAUUAAAACGUGUGAGAG